UUGGAACAAAGUGAAAACAUUCCACAUCAGCCCUCUGGUUUAGGCGAAGAAGCACAAACUGGACCACGACAUUCCAACAUUAGGGAAGCUUUGGGAAAGACAGGAGCCCCACCAUUACCGACCCCCCCACACACACCCCCACCGGGAGCACGGAGCGCUCAGACACCGGGACGCUGGAGGCAAUGGCUUCAGACGUGGACACCGACCCGCCCACUGGAGCACACAUUCCUGAAGCCCUCAGCACGCCUUUCCCCCACAUGAACUCACACGACCCCAGAUUCCCUUCUGUCAAACUAGAAGACUGUGAAGCUCCUUCCACAAGCUCCACAGCAGCCAUGCAGUCACCCAUCCACACAGGGACAAGAAAAGACAAGCCCACCUGCAAUUGGUCAAAGCAGGAAGUUCUUGCAUUGCUGACGUAUUGGGCGAGUCCCGUCGUUCAGCUGGAGCUUCUCCGAAACGUGAGAAACAACGCGGUUUACAGUAACCUCAGCGCCAAGCUGUCAUCGCACGGAUUUAACAAAUCGGCCCAAAAAUGCAAGGAGAAAAUAAAAAAACUAAAGCAGGACUACAGGAGAAUCAAAAACAGUGAUCACUUGGAUGGGGGGAAGACUAUAUGGUUUGACAUAAUUGAUGAAGUCCUCAGUUCCCAGGCUCCAGCGUCAACAUAUUCAGACAUAGCAACCCCCCACUCAGCCGAGCCCACUCAGUCAGUUGUUUUUAAUCCGGACACUGAUGAUUCUUUUCCGUACACAAGCGAUUUUGAUAGCCACAUUUUAGCUGAUUCGGAACCAGGUCCAAUGGAGAAAGAAAAGGAGUCAGAUUACUACUUCAUAAGUAUAGAUGACUGUGGUACACCUUCUACGAGCAGCACCAUGGAGUCCACAGCAGCACCCACUUUGUCCUUCAGCCACACAGAGAAGAAAAGAUAUGAGCACACGUGUAGCUGGUCUAAAAAAGAAGUCCACGCGUUGUUGGCGCAUUGGGCGAAUCCCGCCGUCCAGCAGGAGCUUCAGCGGAACGUGAGAAACAACGCGGUCUACGGCCACCUCAGCGCCAGGCUGGCGUCGCUGGGAUUCGACAAAUCGGCCCAGAAGUGCAAGGAGAAGCUGAAAAAGCUGAAGCAGGACUACAGGAGAAUCAAGAACAGCCAGCAGGUCUGCUGGAGCAGGACGGCCUGGUUUGGCAUCAUGGAUGAAGUCCUGAGUUCCCGGGCUGCAGCGUGGAACUGUCCGGGAACGGUGAACCCCCCCGCUGCAGAGCCCCCCCAGUUUGAUCUGGAAGCUGAUGAUGAAACCCAGUGGACGGCUGAUGAAGUCCAAGUGCUCAUAACUCUGUGGGCGCAGCCCAACAUCCAGAGGCAGCUCCUCGGCUCAGAGGCGGACGACCAAGUUUUCCCCUAUCUCAGCAACGAGCUCGCCUUGGUGGGGUUUAACAAGACCCCCCAGCAGUGCAGCCUCAAAGUAAAAGAGCUGAAAGAGGAGUACAGGAGAAUCAAAGAAGGGGAACAACAUGUGGACGCUAAAAGUGACUGGUUUGCUGUCAUAGAGAGUGUCCUGGGUUCUGGUGGAGACGAUUCCAAAGAGCUGCUCCGCAUAGCCCCCGAAUCACCCAAAGCAGAUUCCUCCCGUGCAGUCUGGACGUCGGAUGAAGUGGACACGCUGCUCACGCGUUGGGCAGAGGACGGCGUCCAGGAGCGGCUCAGGUCCGACCCGGAGGACGAGCGGGUGUGCGCUCGGCUGAGCUCGGAGCUCGCCACUCAGGGCUUCCAUAAGACCACCGGUCAAUGCAGGGCAAAACUCCGACUCCUGAGACAGGAGUACGAAAAGGCCGAUGGACAGAAAGACCCCAUGACGCACGCAAACGGAUGGUUUGGCAUCAUGGAUAGAGCACUGGGUCGCGGCAAGCCGGCAGCAAGAGUCAAAGCUGAAGCCCCGGAGUCUUUGGACGGUUUCCGCUUGUCCCUGCCCUCGCUGUGCCUCCUGGUGCCCACGCUGCGGCUCAUGUGCGCCUUCGCCUGGCAGGUGGUGCAGCGCUGCAACGUGGCGCACUACCAGAAGGUGGAGGAGCUGGUGAGGUCGGUGGCGGAGCUGGCCCCCGAGCUGCUGACGCCCAGAGAGAGAGUGCAGCUCCUGCUCACGCUCCGAGCACGGCUGGUGCUGGAGCUGUGUCGCAGCCGGAGCGCCCAUGACCAGCUGGACGUCCAGGACCACCUGAGGGUCAUUCAGGACCUCACCAUGAGCCCCGGCUGUGCGCAGGAGGAGUUGGAGGAGUUGGAAGAUUCCAAGUCAAAUUUUGUGGAGAUUGUUUGUGCCUUGCUCAACGACCCUGACGAGAGAGAGAGGUUUUUCACGGAAGUCUUCCCCAUUCACUAUGGGCGGCAGUACGAGAGCACAUUGCAGAGACUGGUAUGGAAAUUCAUCUCCAGGCUUGAUAACCUACUGCCCAUCCCCGAUAUAAAACAGACGGCGGCGUGGCUAAGCUCCGCCCCCUCUGUGAUGGAGGAGUGCGAGCAGCUGGUCUUGAAGCCGGAACACCUAAAGGCGUUGAUGCUUUUCCACGACCAGCAGACAGGAGGCACCAACAAAUGCUCAGAAAAUCCCAACCUGUUUCUGCCCACAUUGUCUCUUCGGCCCAAAGGAAAGUCAAAGCGGCACGUUCUAGAAGGACAGGAAGUGUGUGUGAGCAGUGAGGACCAGCCGUUUGACGCCAGCAGGGAUGAAGGCAUGGAUACGGACUCCAAAAGUGCUGAUGCAUCGACUCUGGAGCUGCUUGUGGACGAAUCUGAGGAGCUGAACGAUGACCAAAGCGAUGACCUGAAAGCUGCAAACUGCCUAGAGGCGCAGAGGCAUGGCUGUGCCAUGUGUCCCUACUCCGACGCCGACGUCUCGGGCCUUCUGACGCACAUCAGAGAGGAGCACCUCACGCAGGACGCCGCCGCCGCUGACCCGGACAGCGGCCAGGACUGCGGGGAGAUCCUUCAGGACGCGGCGGCCCCGGACAGCCCCGCCCACACGCCCCGCCCGUCCUUCCAGUGCAGCAGCUGCGAGAAGCGCUACGCCUCCAAGGCCUCGCUGACCGCGCACCAGCGCCUCCACACGGGCCAGACGCCCUACCUGUGCCCCCACUGCGGACAGGGCUUCCGCUCCUCGUCCAGCCUGGACCUGCACGUGCGCACGCACACCGGGGAGCGGCCCUACAGGUGCCACGUCUGCGGGAAGACCUCCAUCCAGCACCUGGCGAGGCACAUGCGCAUGCACCGCGGGGAGAAGAACCACCCGUGCGCGGAGUGCGGGAAGGCCUUCCUCUCCUCCGGGGAGCUGAAGCUGCACACGCGCUCGCACACGGGCGAGAGGCCCCACACCUGCAAACAGUGCGGCAAAGGCUUCGUCGCCAAGUGCCACCUGACCGUGCACGCCCGCCGGCACACGGGAGAGAGCCCCUACAGGUGCGCGCUGUGCCCCAAGUCCUUCGCCACGUUAAAGGCGCAGAAAAAGCACCAGAACAUCCACUCGAGCAAGAAGUCUUUCCAGUGUUUAAAGUGUGGGAAAAUAUUCCGGCAAGAGGACACGUUCAAAUUCCAUAUCGAAACCCACAGUGUGACGUAAACAGGUUUGAUGGCAUUUUGAUGUCAGAAGUGCGACAUGCAGUGACAUUGUUCGGCGGGUCGGCUCUGAUAAAAGCAGCUCUCCAGCAGCUUAUUAUCUGAAACUGUAAAGCUACCAUUCCAAAACCAGUUCGUAACAUGGCCAAAGUUGUUUGUUACUGCCAGAAAGCGUUUUUGUUUUACGGAUACAAAAUAAAGGAAAA